AUGGCUGCACCUCGUUACACAAGGCAACUUGGCGAUCUUGGGCUUCUUGGAAAUUGGAUUAGCAACUGCACGCAGAACCACCCGCAGUGUCAAAACCAAAGCCACGAAACCUGGUUUCCUACCCGCUUACUUCAAAUAAGCAAUGGAGGCCAAAGUGUGAAGCUGAUCUUAACCAAAGAUGAACCGCCUGUUCAUCCUUACAUUACACUUAGUCAUCGUUGGGGAGAUGUACAAUACGACAAACUUACUUCAGACACCAUAGAACGAUUUCAAUUGUGUAUAGACAUAUCCAAACUUCCCCAGGUCUUUCAAAACUCCAUUGCACUUGCCUGGCGACUUGGGAUACACUAUCUCUGGAUCGAUUCUCUUUGUAUAAAACAAGACCCUGACCUGUCCGACUGGAAAAAAGAAGCUUUGCUUAUGCAAAAGGUGUAUUCACAUUCUCUGCUCAAUCUCUCUGCAUCUCAUAUCGAUGUAACCGGAAAUCAAGCACUCCAUCGCCCGCGGCCAUGGGAUGUUUUUCGCCCCACGAAAGUCAUUAUGGAAAUUGACAGACGAAAGAAAGCCUACUGGCUCAUCGACGGCGAUAUCUGGAAUGAUGAGGUCGAGGCAGCCCCACUGAUACAAAGAGCAUGGGUUUUUCAAGAACGCUUCCUAGCGUCAAGAGUGUUGCACUUUGGGCAACGACAGUUGGCAUGGGAAUGCAAUCAACUCACAGCACUUGAGAUGUUCCCUGCUGGGUUGCCUUCGGUUCUUCUACCUCAAUCCAAAUCUGAGAUUUUGGCAACACUUAUCCAAGACCAAUCACAGGGCACGUUUGAUUAUCUUCACCUCCGUGAGGCAUGGAGCUUCCUUGUGGGCAAGUACUCUGUGUGCGAGCUAACAAAUAAAGAUGAUAAGCUUAUAGCCUUCAGUGGCGUUGCCAAGAUGGUUGAAGCAUGUAUAACUGACGAGUAUAUCGCUGGGAGUUGGAAAAGCACAUUAAUCUACGAUCUUGGCUGGUACCGUGCCGGCACCGACAGCGAAAAAUGGCCAUCAAGUCACACGUCCCACCGAGCUCCCAGCUGGUCCUGGAUGGCGGUUGAUGGGGAAAUAUUUUUCCCUUCUGCCACGGAGGCCGCGAUCGCACAUUUCGCUAAGGUCUUGAAGUACCCGACGCCUGGCGAGGUAGGGACUUCAGCUUUUCAAGCUCGAGGCCAACUCGAGUUGGAAUGUGUUCCUUUAAUCCUGAACUCCGUCAAGUGGGCAGGGGAUACAAUCGCUGAGUUUGAAAUAGCUGGCAUCCGUAUCACCGAUGAUAUGGAUGCAAGCGGAUCUCACUUAGACUUAGAAGGGUCUAAAGGAGAGAUAACCAGUUUGAUUGAAAACCAAGGUGUCUGUAUGGUGCCGCUUUUCGCCACUAAUUUGGCAGUUUUUGCGGUUAUGGUUUCCAAAGAAAAGGUCUCUGGCGAUUUUAUUCGAGUUGGUGCUGCUCAGAUUGAGUACGGCAAAAGGCUUCCCACACCGUUGGGGAAGAUACCAAAGAGCUGGAUGAAGGCUGGCUCAUCGCCAUUCAUUGUCCACAAAACCACCGCUCACCUCCUUGAACAUAUCGUGACAGCGCAAAAGGGGUCGCGAAGCGUUAUCAAGCUUAAGUAA